AACUGACACGUGGAUUACUCCUCCUAGGGCAUCAGGAAAACAGUCCCUCCGUGUUCAUCGCCCGUCCUGUUGUGUUCAUGUUAUGGAUCUAAACGUCGGAAACCAGAGCUAUGCGCGCGCCAGUACUUUGUGAAUCGGUUUAUUUUCGUGUCAGAAUUGACUUUUAGUCCCAGAUUCGACCGACAGGAGGUUCAGAGUGAAAACAGCCGAAGCGGUUGGAAGGAGGCUGCCGUAAGCUCACGUUGAAUGGCAGUGAUUCAAAAAUAUGGCAAGAACUAUAGUCCAGAUUUGGUCUGUCACAAGGAAAACCAUCCGAUCGGAGUCCCUGGAUGCCAUAAGAAGUGGACUGAACAGAACACCAACUGGCCACGGCCAGUGGCGAGGAUAUGGACAGUGGUGCUGCUUCUUGGGACAUGCCUCCUCUACUGUGCCCGUGUGGCGAUGCCCAUCUGUGCGGUCAGCAUGGCAGAGAGGUUCAACUGGAGCAAGAGGGAGUCAGGCAUGGUUCUGGGCAGCUUCUUCUGGGGCUACUGUUUCACCCAGGUCUUUGGAGGCUACGUCAGCGAUCGUGUUGGAGGUGAGAAGGUCCUGUUGCUUUCAGCCGCUGCCUGGGGGUCGAUGACAGCCUUCACCCCCAUACUGGCCCACUUCUGCUCCCAGCCCAUCCUCUCCAUGACACUGGCCCGCUUCCUCAUGGGCUUGUUACAAGGAGUUCAUUACCCAUCAUUAGCGAGCCUGUGUUCUCAGAAGGUGGUGGAGAGUGAGAGAGGCUUCCUCAUGAGCACUGUGGGUAGCGGCUCCUACCUGGGGACACUGGUAAUCGGAGGGGCUGGCUCCCUUAUGCUGGACCUCUAUGGCUGGGAAAGUGUCUUUUAUGUGUCUGGUCUCCUCUCAGUGCUGUGGGCCUACUGCAUGUGGAAAUAUCUACUCAAAGGAGAAGGUCCUAUCAUCACCCUGGAGUCUCUGGGAAGUGGUGGGCCCCAAUCCAAACUGUCCAAAAGACAUUGGUUACGGCUCUUCAAACAACCUGCAGUCUGUGCUGUGAUCGUCACGCACCUGUGCACAGCGAGCACCUUCUUCACCCUGCUGUCAUGGCUGCCGACGUUUUUUAAAGACACUUUCCCAGACGCCAAGGGUUGGGUGUUCAAUGUCAUUCCCUGGCUGGUGGCAAUUCCUUCAUCCCUCUUCAGCGGCUGCCUGUCCGACCACCUUAUUAGUCAAGGCUUUGAUACAGCCUCAGUGCGAAAGUUGAUGCAGUUUUUCUCCAUGGGUGUGUCCAGUCUGUUUACUCUACUUCUAUGUGGCAAAACCACCUUCCCCUGGGCUGUAGCAUUUGUGUCUGCCACCAUGGGCCUGACCACCUUCAGUCACAGUGGGGUUUCUGUUAAUGUUCAAGAUCUUGCUCCGUCCUGUGCUGGAGCUUUAUUUGGUGUGAUGAAUACAUGUGGAGCUUUCUCAGGGGUCCUAAUGGUGUAUUUCUCGGGGUAUCUCAUUGAGGCGACUGGCUCGUGGGCAUCUGUCUUUGCCCUCAUCACCACAGUCAACUUGCUCGGUCUCUGCACCUUCCUGGCCUUCGCUGAGGCUCGCCGUGUCGACAUUGACUCUAGUAAGGGCCGCCACCACAACAUUCAUAUCUAAGUCAUCAGUCAUCACAGGGAACCAGAGUGCUAUCCCGUGGAGAUUCGACCUUCUGCAUCCAGCAGCUAGGACAUUAUCUAUAUUGGUGUAGCAGCCAAUAUAUGUAUAGCACUGAUAAAACCUGUAAACAAGACGCUGAGAUACGAAGAAACAAUCGUCAAAAAAAAAAAAAAAAAAGCACACAGCGGAGCCUGCACAAUGCUAAGGAAACACAAUGAGAA